AUGGCUUCUACAAGCCCCUUGGAACUGACAGUCUUAGAGAGCCACCUUGGGUCCAGUCAGAGAGGGAGACAAGGAAAGCCUUCAGCACCAAGGACAGCCCCCCGGACAGGCAUUGAGAAUGCCUCUUACCAAAGGGAGGAAGAGGAAGAGGAGGAGGAGGAGGAGGAAACGUCCUUCCAGAGGAGACCGGGGAGCCCCAAGGAGCACCCAGCCCCUCCCACGGAGGACCUUUCCCCAAGAUCAGAGGAUGCAACCUUGCCAGACCCAGCUGGGAACUCCGUAGACUAUGGCUUCCUUUUGGCCUUGGUGUUCCUGGUCGGUGGGAUUUUGCUGGUGAUCGUGGCUUACAGCAUCCCACGCGAAGCCCGGGUGAACCCGGACACGGUGUCCGCUCGGGAGAUGGAGAGACUGGAGAUGUACUAUGCCCGCCUCAGCUCCCAUUUGGACAAGUGCAUCAUCGCCGGCUUGGUCAUGUUGACUUUGGGCGGGAUGCUCCUCUCCGUGCUGUUGAUGGUUUCCAUGUACAAAGGGGAGCUUUACAGGAGGAGGACUUUCCCAGUGUCCAGAGGCCCCCGAAAGACUUACGGGUCGAUCAACCUGAGGAUGAGGCAGCUCAAUGGAGAAGGAGGUCAAACUCUGGUGGAGAAUGAGGUCAUUCAGAUGACCGAAAUGACCCACGUCAUGCAGAGCUGCUGA